UGUAUUUAAAAGAUAAUACGGUCCUCACAAACUCUUUACCAUUCACCAAGACAGCAAAAAAGAAAAGAUGUCGACAGUUUCACCCUGCUCGCAACUAGUUCAGGUGGUUCCGGACAACCACAACAACACUGGCGACUCCUCUGGGGUCAAGUACGAGGAUCUUGUCCGCAACUCCGACAUCUUCCUGGAGCAUCUCAGAGCUCUCCUCGGAUUGCUCGGGAACGAACUCAAGGUUCCUACGGUGGGAGGGAGCACUCUGGACCUGCACCGCCUUUUCGUGGAGGUUACCUCUCGUGGUGGGAUUGCAAAGGUGAUUAAGGAUAAGAGAUGGAGGGAAGUGAUUGGUGUGUUCAAGUUUCCGAACACAAUCACAAGUGCGUCGUUUGUGCUGAGGAGGUACUACUUCAAGUUCCUUUUUCAGAUGGAGCAAGUGUAUUACCUCGAGCAAUCAGCUUCUUCCAUGAAAUCAGCAGAGGAAGUAAUGGAGAGCCUCUCCCCAAACCUCGAGGAAGGCACUGAUGAACCGCAAAUUGGGGCUGUGGGAGACGGAGUGCUUGAUGGGAAGUUCGAAAGUGGAUACCUGGUGACGAUGAAAUUUGGUUCUCAAUUACUAAAAGGAGUGCUUUACCAUCAUGUUAAAAGGCCCCAACAAGCCAUGGGAACUCCACCUUCAGGCAUGCCACCAGCAUCGCAGCGCCGAGCUAAGAAGAAAGCAAGAUUGACUACUGUUGUUGAUUCCCAGAAGCCCAAAUGCCACAGGAGUGGCUACAACUUCUUCUUCGCUGAGCAGUACGCUAGGCUCAAACCUGAGUACCAUGGCAAAGAAAGGAUCAUCACCAAGAUGAUUGGACGCAUGUGGGGUGAUCUCUCCGAGUCUGAGAAACAGGUUUACCAAGACAAAGGAGUUAAGGAUGUGGAGAGGUACAGGACUGAGAUGCUGGAGUACAAGUCUGCCCAUGAGUCUGGAGCUUCUGCUUCUGCAGCAGCCACCAUGGCUCAGUAGUCUUUUCUUUCUCCCGUUGUGUUGUUGUUUUCUCUUUCUUUAUUACAUUUCUCUUUCUUCUUUCUUUCUCUGGACAAGUUCUUUUUCUUUUAUGAUGGAUAUUUAUUUCUUUUGAUCAGUUUCAGAACAUGCCAUGUUUAUGGUUUUAGGGUUAGUAAAAGAGGUUACUAACUGCUUACUAA